AUGGCCGGCUUCGGCGCCCUGCCGGCUGACUUUCGCGACAAGUACCACGACACCGUGAGCAUAGGCUCGGCCAUCCAAAUCACCAACUGGGCGAUGCCGCCUUGGAACGACACCGACAACACCCCCUACACCGGCAUACUUUGGGGUCUGGGCGACCGCGGCUGGAACAACGAGGGCACCGUCAACCACCAGCCGCGCGUGCACCGCUUCGCCCUGACCCUGGCGCCCGAUUACCCAACCCCGCGGGAAAGGAUCAGGCUCGAGUACCUCGACACCAUCCUCCUCCGCGACCCCCAGGGCAACCCGACCACGGGGUUGGACCCGGACGACUGGGGCGGCGUCGAGUUCCCUUACUUCCCGCUCCUGCCCUCGGCCACCUACCUCGGCGACGGCUGGGGCGGCGGCGACCAGAACGAAAUCACGACGCGCGUCGCCAUCGACCCGGAGUCUCUGCACGUGGACGAGGCCGCGGGGAUCCUGACCAUCGGAGACGAGUACGGGCCCAUGAUCUACACCUUCUCCAUGUCGGGGCGCAUGAUAUCCGCGACGGCGCCGCCGGGGGCGUUCCUGCCGUACCGCGGGUCCAACGCGACGCACAUGGAGCCCAGCUUCUCGUCCGACGACCCGCGCAUCGGCGACCCGGGCCGGUGGCCCAUCACGGCGGAGCCGGCGUCGGGCCGGCCCAACAACCGCGGCUUCGAGGCGCUGGCCGUCAGCCCCGCGGGAGACGGCAUGUUUGCGCUGAUGCAGGCGCCGCUGAUGCAGGAGGGCAUGUACCAGCCGGACGAGCACCGGGUGGCGCGGCUGCUGUACUACAGGCGCGAGGCGCGGGCCGGCGGCGAGCUCAGCCACACGCUCGAGGCCGAGUACCUGGUGCCGAUGCCGCGGUGGAGCAAGACGGGCGAGGCGGAGACGCUGCCGACGUACACGGACAUGGUCUGGCUGUCGAGGUGGCAGGUGCUGGUGCUGGCGCGGUCCAUGGGCCAGGGCCGCGGGGGCGCGGCGGGCGCGCACAGCUCGUACCGCCAGGUGGACGUGGUGGACCUGCGCACGGCGGAGAACGUGCUGGGCGCCAAGGACGCGCGGUACGAGCAGACGCUGGACCCCGAGGACGGCGCGCCCAACGCCUGGGCGCGCAUCAAGCCGGCGCUGCACUGCGGCUUCCUCGACAUCAACGACGGCAUCGACCUGUACGAGUACGGCCUGCACAGCUCCGGCGAGGACGACGUCGACCUGAUGAGCGAGAAGUGGGAGGGCAUCACCCUCGCCAACACGGGCACCCCGAGGGAGUGGUUCCUGUUUGCCGCCUCCGACAACGACUAUGCGACCCAGAACGGCUUUGUCAAAGGUGGCCUCGUCACAUAUAAAGAUCCGAGGAAGAUUUCGAUCGACACCCAUAUUCUGGCCUUUAGGAUGCGUCUGCCGUUGGGGAUGCCCUAUUGA